AUGGCCGACCGUGAUCCCAGCCUCACUCCCGACGAGGACAAACCUCACUCUCUCCAGUCUGACGACAAGUUCUCGCCCAAAGCAUCCAACGACCACGCUCAGCUCCACCAACUUCACCUCGCUACUCGCUCUGUUGUCUCCACAGAGGGCAUCAUCGAUGCAGCCGAACUUGAUCAAGUCCUGGACGAAGCCGCCAUCGAGGCUGCUGGCCAGGGCGAGAGCAACAGUCUCUACCUCUGGACACUCACCUUCUUCGCCACCAUUGGCGGUCUCUUGUUUGGCUACGACACUGGUGCCAUAUCCAGCGUGCUUGUCCAAGUGGGCACUGAUCUAGACAACAAAGAGCUGACCGAUGGCAACAAGGAAUUCAUCACCUCGGCACUCACCGUCGGCGCCAUCAUCUCUGCCCUUUGCGCCGGUGUCGUGGCAGACAAGUUCGGCCGAAAAUGGACGCUUGUCAUUUGUGAUAUCAUGUUCAUUGUAGGCGCCGUCAUUCAAGCUGCUGCCCACAAGAAGUGGGACGUUGUGGGUGGAAGAUUUGUUCUCGGUCUCGGAAUCGGCGCAGCUGCUCAGAUCGUGCCCGUAUACAUCCAAGAACUGGCUCCGGCUCGAGCGCGAGGUCGUCUCACGUGCCUAAAUAGCAUCGCCGUCACCUUUGGCCAGGUCGUAGCUACCGCCAUCGGCGCCGGUUUUGAACAUGUCUCUUCUGGCUGGCGCUGGAUCAUUGCCCUCGGCGCCUUCCCUCCUAUCAUCCAACUCAUUGGUAUUCACUUUUUCAUGUCAGAGUCCCCGCGCUAUCUCGUCAAGCAACGAAGAGAGGACGAAGCCGCGCGAGCCCUCACCCGUAUCUAUCCUCUCGCCACCCCCGAGCAGAUCAACGCAAAGCUUGGCGUUCUCAAGAAGCACAUCCAAACCGAGGACGCUCCCCUCCGCUACCGAAUCGUCAAGGUCUGGACCGAUGUACCCACUCGUAGAGCCGUCUUCCUAACUUCCAUGGUUCUAGCCUCACAACAACUUUCAGGCUUCAACUCCCUCAUGUACUUUUCUGGCACCUUGUUCAAGUCGGCCGGGCUCAAGCAACCGAUCGCAACCAGUCUCAUCGUCAGCGGAGCCAACUUCCUCUGCACUUUCAUCCCUCUCAAGUACAUUGAUCGUUUCGGCCGUCGCCGCUUCCUUCUCGCCACGAUGCCCUGUGUCAUUAUUUUCUUGGUUUGCACCGCCGGAAUCUUUGCAAAGAUGCUCCAACCCACCAACCAGCGCCUCGUCGAGGGUUAUCCGUAUCCAACGUCGUACACCUCGGCCAUGCUUGUCUUUAUGGUUCUCUACGUCUGCUCGUAUGCCACCGGUCUUGGCAACGUACCUUGGCAACAAGGCGAGUUCUUCUCCACCGAGACGCGCAUGAUCGGUACCUCUAUCUCUACCGCAGUCAACUGGGCGGCCAACCUCGUCAUCUCUUCGACCUUCUUGAGCCUUAUGAAUGCCAUCACUCCUUCCGGUGCUUUUGGCUUCUACGCAGGCCUCACAUUUGUCUUCCUUCUCAUUGUUUACUUCCUUUACCCUGAGACCUCGCUGUUGUCGCUCGAGGAGGUGCGUACCACUCUCAACGGCGGCUUCAACGUCAAAAAGAGUCUCAAGGUACGAAAGGAGAAGAUCGCCCUUUGGAACACUCAGAAGCAGGCUGCUAAAGCCGAGACCGCCGCUUAG